GAAGAAAAGAAGCAGGAAAUGCUCAGAAGGGCAGGUACCUAACCAUCAAGAGCUUUCCUGUAGGGCUUUCCCUUGGAAGGGAACUGAGGGAAAGGGGAGGGUUCCUCACCACAAAAGCUUGUCUCCGAUGACUACCCCUACUGUAAACUCAGUGUCCUCAUCUGUGAAAUGGAUAACUACUUCACAAGGCUGUUGGGUCAAAGAUAGCCCCCAUCAAACAAAUAGCUCCUGUUGUGAUCUUUAUUAAUGAUUCUUGUGUCUCUCUUGUCCCCUCUUUCUCUUGCUCCUUUCUUGGUCUUUUUCCCCUCUUCUCAGUGUACCCUCGAGCUGACAUUCCUCCCCACCCCCAUCUGCAGACUGGCACUCCAUCUAGUUAGGAGAUGGCUUCCAAGCCUCCCUCUGCAGGUCUGCCCUCUCUUCUGGGUUCCAGGCUUACUCUAGCACCAUCAGCCUGGAGGAUGUCCUCUCCCAAUCCCCUGUCAGCACCUCAAACGCAGAGGCACAGUAGGAUGGAAACAAUUCUCCAUGGGAGCAUGGGGCCAAAUCCCUCCUCUGCUUCCCCCCUACUCAUCUGAUUUUGGACAGAUUUCCUCCCCUCGAUCUUAUCUGGGGGUUGACAGGUUGUCCCAUACUUGACCACAGAAUAGAACCAGAAGGGUUUGAGAGGGCACAUAAGUCACACGGGGCAACCCAGAAGAGCUGGAUUUAGAGCCGGGAUACUAAGACCUGAGCUGAGCCUUGGGGAGAAAGGCGAUACCAGGUACCUAAAAAGGAGUUGGGAGGGCAAGGAAAGGUGAGGAAGGACUCCGAUCCAAACAUGGGUGGGGGCAUGCUUGUACCAAGGUGAGAAAGGGGAUAAAAUGCUGAAACUGGCAAAUAACCAGGGGACCAGUUUGGCAAACAGAAGAAGAGGAGUCCUAGGGGAAUGGUCUCAGAAUGGAAAGGGCUGAGUUCACCAGGGCAUGACCUCUGACCUAGAUGUUGGUAAGAAGAAAAUGAAGUCUGGAUGGAAGGGAUGUUAGCCAUGGGGUGACCAAAGGAGAGAAAAAUAGAAGUUGUGGAUGAGGCAGAAUUAUUGUUUCAGUUAUGUCCGGUUCUGUCACAACCGCGUUUGAGAUUUUCUUGACAAAGGUACUGGAGUGGUUUGCCAUUUCCUUCUCCAGCUCAUUCACAGAUGGGGAAACUGAGGCAUGAAAUUAAUUGACUUUUCCAGGGUCACACAACUAAUAACUACCUGAAGUAGGAUUUGAAUUCAAGAUGAGUCUUCCGGGCUCCAGAUCCAGCACUCUAUGCAUUAUGGCGACAACUAAUGGACAUAAUUGAUUAAAUUGGAUAAAUGAUAAGUUUGUGCGGUAUGAUAGAAAUACGGUUUCAUAUUUUCCAGUCCAGUGGGGGUCUUCUUGACAAAUGUUUGCUCAAUGUAGUGACAAUUGAAGGAAACCUAUCAGGCCUUGGUUUUUCUAGCUUUGGGCUUGGGACAGAGGCCAGAGAUGGGCUAUUUCUUUGACUCUCUGUUCCGGUGGGGUUCUGCCCAAUUUACCUUAGAUUUGGGGACAAGUUUUUCCAUUGCUCUCAUUGUGUGUCUCUGUGUGUUUUCCUGCAGCGAAGAUCACAGCCAAGUCUCUGGAUGUCCUCAGGAAGUCCAGAGACAAAAGCCAAGAAGAGAGGAAAUCUUUCAGAUCUAUUACCCUUGCAAAGUCCGGGAAGGCCCGGGGGCAGGCUGUGAGCAGAGAUGAUAGCCAGCUCCCAGAUGAUAGCUACUUCCCAUCGGUCUCACUGUCCGCCACUCAACUUUCUCCGAGCAGGUCCCCGAGAGAGUCCGAGAUUGAGCGUUGGGAUAUACAGAAGCGGAUACCACUGGAUGUUCAGAGCCAAGAAACCUUGAGUGAUCGUGGUGAUAUGAAGCCAGUUCAGAUCAAGAAGGCCAAGAAGCCUAAAAGGAAGGGUAAAGCUAGGAAGAAGGUGGAGGCGGAAGGAGAGGAGGAAAAAGACAAGGAAAGGAUGAAAGAAUUGGAGAAGACCCUGGAAAAGAGUCUCGAGAUGAUUGAGGGGAAGCCUGCCAGGUACUCUGAAAAGGACAAACUUAGGGAGAUGGUCAAAGAGAUGUCUGAGUUUCCUGAACAGGAGAAAACCAAAACCUGGAGAGACAGCCUCCUCCAGCUAGUUAAUGUGAGAGAGUCAGCCUCCCUAAAAGGGGAACUGGGUCAAGACAUAAUGGAUGUGGCUCAGGAGAAGCUGGAUAAGAAGUCUGCUAGCUGGGACCUCCUCCAGACCAUGUUCCAAGGAGGAAGAGAAAAGGUGAAGGAAGGGGAGGAGGCGGCUGUGGUCUUGGAGGAAAAGAAGAAGCUAAAGCCUAAGAUAGAGGAAAUGGAUAUUAUGCAGCCCAGGAAAAAGAAAGUGUUUUUCUCAGAAACUGAGACCUUUGAGACCCCUACCUCUCAAGAGGCUAAACUCAGGAGAAAAGAGUGGAAAAUGGUACAGAGGGAGAAGACACUGGCCAAGAAGGAGAAGAAACUGGUUAAGGAGGAAGAUGAGCUGACCAAGACCAAGGAUUAUCUGGCCAGGAGAGAGGAAAAGCUGGCUAAAAAAGAGAGUCUGCUGGCCCAGUUAAAGAAGGCACUGGUCAAGGAGGAGAAAACAAGGCAAAAGGUCAAGAAGGAGGAAUACAAGGGAACUGUCCGCGACAAAGCCAACCUGCUGCUGACCAUGUUCAAGGAUGCGUCCAGGGAUGUCAUGAGGCGGGCCAGGCAGGAAAGAGUGAAGUCCAGGACUCGGAAGAGUCUCGUGAAGGAUGUGACAAAGGAGAAAGCUUCCUUAGACCAAAUCUCCAAGGGGACCCCCGAGGACUAUGAGAAGAAGAAACUGGUUAGGGAGAGGAGGGCAGCUGAAAACGAGCAGAUGGAGAAGAUGCUAAAGGAAAAAUGGCAGAGAAAGUCUCAUGAAGAAGUCGAACGUUUUCUGGACGAGAGUGAAAUGCUGCCUGAGGAGGGGCCCACCAAGAAGCAACGGCUUGAGAAAAGGGCAUCCAAGAAGCGGCGGCCAUCUGAGAAGGAGUUGUCUUUUGAGGAGCCGCCAUCUGAGGAGCCCACCGAGAGAGUGUCCCGGGAAAGGAGGCCAUCCAAGAAGCGGCGGCCGUCUGAAAAGCUGCUGUCUGAGGAAAAGCCGCCAUCUGAGGAGCCCACCGAGAGGCCGCCCCGUAAAAGGAGGCCAUCCGAGAAGCGGCGGCCGUCUGAGAAGCGGCGGCCAUCUGAGAAGCUGCUGUCUGAGGAGCCACCAUCUGAGGAGCCCACUGAGAGGCUGCCCCGUGAAAGGAGGCUAUCUGAGAAGCGGCGGCUGUCUGAGAAGCGGCGGCCAUCUGAGAAGCUGCUGUCUGAGGAGCCACCAUCUGAGGAGCCCACUGAGAGGCUGCCCCGUGAAAGGAGGCUAUCUGAGAAGCGGCGGCUGUCUGAGAAACGGCGGCCAUCUGAGAAGCGGCAGCCAUCUGAGAAGCUGCUGUCUGAGGAGGAGCCGCCAUCUGAAGAGCCCACUGAGAGGCCGCCCCGUGAAAGGAGGCCAUCUGAAAAGCUGCUGUCUGAGGAGCCACCAUCUGAGGAGCCCACCGAGAGGCUGCCCCAUGAAAGGAGGCCAUCUGAGAAGCUGCUGUCUGAGGAGGAGCCGCCAUCUGAAGAGCCCACCGAGAGGCCGCUCCGUGAAAGGAGGCCAUCUGAAAAGCUGCUGUCUGAGGAGCCGCCAUCUGAGGAGCCCACUGAGAGGCCACCCCGUGAAAGGAGGCCAUCUGAGAAGCGGCGGCCGUCUGAGAAGCGGAGGCCAUCUGAGAAGCGGCGGCUGUCUGAGAAGUGGCGGCCACCUGAGAAGCUGCUGUCUGAGGAGGAGCCACCAUCUGAGGAGCCCACCGAGAGGCCACCCCGUGAAAGGAGGCCAUCUGAGAAGCGGCGGCUGUCUGAAAAGCGGCGGCCAUCUGAGAAGUGGCGGCCAUCUGAGAAGCGGCAGCCAUCUGAGAAGCUGCUGUCUGAGGAGGAGCCACCAUCUGAGGAGCCCACCGAGAGGCCGCUCCAUGAAAGGAGGCCAUCUGAGAAGCGGCGGCUGUCUGAGAAGCGGAGGCCGUCGGAGAAGCGGCGGCCAUCUGAGAAGCGGCGGCCGUCUGAGAAGCUGCUGUCUGAGGAGGAGCCACCAUCUGAAGAGGAGCCAUCUGAGAAGGGAUCACCUAAGAGGGGACGGUCCAAGAAACUGAGGCCUGGGAGGGAGCCAACUGAGAAGCGGCUGGCUGAGGAGGGGCCCUCUGUGGAGGGGCCACCUGAAAAGCGGCCAACUGAGGAGGUGCCAUUGGAGAAGAAACCACCAGAGAGGGGGCUAUUAGAGGAGGCUUUUCAAGAGGGACUACCCGAGAAGGGGCCUUCUGAAGAGCAGUUACCUGAGAGGGAAUGGUCCGAGGAAGAACAAUCGGAGGAGGAGCGGCCCGAGAGAGCCGCCCGAAAAAAGAGACUGCCUGAGAAGGCGCCCUCCAAAAAGCGGUUACCUGAGAGGGAACGGUCCGAGGAAGAACCAUCCGAGGAGGAGCGGCCCGAGAGAGCCGCCCGAAAAAAGAGACUGCCUGAGAAGGCGCCCUCCAAAAAGCGGCUCCCUGAGAGGGAACGGUCCGAGGAAGAACCAUCUGAGGAGGAGCGGCCAGAGAGAGCCGCCCGAAAAAAGAGACUGCCUGAGGAGGCGCCCUCCAAAAAGCGGUUACCUGAGAGGGAACGGUCCGAGGAAGAACCAUCCGAGGAGGAGCGGCCCGAGAGAGCCGCCCGAAAAAAGAGACUGCCUGAGAAGGCGCCCUCCAAAAAGCGGCUCCCUGAGAGGGAACGGUCCGAGGAAGAACCAUCCGAGGAGGAGCGGCCCGAGAGAGCCGCCCGAAAAAAGAGACUGCCUGAGAAGGCGCCCUCCAAAAAGCAGUUACCUAAGAGGGAACGGUCCGAGGAAGAACCAUCCGAGGAGGAGCGGCCCGAGAGAGCCGCCCGAAAAAAGAGACUGCCUGAGAAGGCGCCCUCCAAAAAGCGGUUACCUGAGAGGGAACGGUCCGAGGAAGAACCAUCCGAGGAGGAGCGGCCCGAGAGAGCCGCCCGAAAAAAGAGACUGCCUGAGAAGGCGCCCUCCAAAAAGCGGCUCCCUGAGGGGGAACGGUCCGAGGAAGAACCAUCCGAGGAGGAGCGGCCCGAGAGAGCCGCCCGAAAAAAGAGACUGCCUGAGAAGGCGCCCUCCAAAAAGCGGCUCCCUGAGGGGGACCGGUCCGAGGAAGAACCAUCCGAGGAGGAGCGGCCUGAGAGAGCCGCCCGAAAAAAGAGACUGCCCGAGAAGGCGCCCUCCAAAAAGCGGCUACCUGAGAGGGAACGGUCUGAGGAAGAACCAUCCGAGGAGGAGCGGCCCGAGAGAGCCGCCCGAAAAAAGAGACUGCCCGAGAAGGCGCCCUCCAAAAAGCGGCUCCCUGAGAGGGAACGGUCCGAGGAAGAACCAUCCGAGGAGGAGCGGCCCGAGAGAGCCGCCCGAAAAAAGAGACUGCCCGAGGAGGCGCCCUCCAAAAAACGGCUCCCUGAGAGGGAACGGUCCGAGGAAGAACCAUCCGAGGAGGAGCGGCCCGAGAGAGCCGCCCGAAAAAAGAGACUGCCUGAGGAGGCGCCCUCCAAAAAGCGGCUCCCUGAGAGGGAACGGUCCGAGGAAGAACCAUCCGAGGAGGAGCGGCCCGAGAGAGCCGCCCGAAAAAAGAGACUGCCUGAGGAGGCGCCCUCCAAAAAGCGGUUACCUGAGAGGGAACGGUCCGAGGAAGAACCAUCCGAGGAGGAGCGGCCCGAGAGAGCCGCCCGAAAAAAGAGACUGCCUGAGAAGGCGCCCUCCAAAAAGCGGUUACCUGAGAGGGAACGGUCCGAGGAAGAACCAUCCGAGGAGGAGCGGCCCAAGAGAGCCGCCCGAAAAAAGAGACUGCCUGAGGAAGCUCCCUCCAAAAAGCGGCUACCUGAGAGGGAACGGUCCGAGGAAGAACCAUCCGAGGAGGAGCGGCCUGAGAGAGCCGCCCGAAAAAAGAGACUGCCUGAGGAGGCGCCCUCCAAAAAGCGGCUCCCUGAGAGGGAACGGUCCGAGGAAGAACCAUCCGAGGAGGAGCGGCCCGAGAGAGCCGCCCGAAAAAAGAGACUGCCUGAGGAAGCUCCCUCCAAAAAGCGGCUACCUGAGAGGGAACGGUCCGAGGAAGAACCAUCCGAGGAGGAGCGGCCUGAGAGAGCCGCCCGAAAAAAGAGACUGCCUGAGGAGGCGCCCUCCAAAAAGCGGCUCCCUGAGAGGGAACGGUCCGAGGAAGAACCAUCCGAGGAGGAGCGGCCCGAGAGAGCCGCCCGAAAAAAGAGACUGCCUGAGAAGGCGCCCUCCAAAAAGCGGCUCCCUGAGAGGGAACGGUCCGAGGAAGAACCAUCCGAGGAGGAGCGGCCCGAGAGAGCCGCCCGAAAAAAGAGACUGCCUGAGAAGGCGCCCUCCAAAAAGCGGCUCCCUGAGAGGGAACGGUCCGAGGGAGAACCAUCCGAGGAGGAGCGGCCCGAGAGAGCCGCCCGAAAAAAGAGACUGCCUGAGAAGGCGCCCUCCAAAAAGCAGUUACCUGAGAGGGAACGGUCCGAGGAAGAACCAUCCGAGGAGGAGCGGCCCGAGAGAGCCGCCCGAAAAAAGAGACUGCCUGAGAAGGCGCCCUCCAAAAAGCAGCUCCCUGAGAGGGAACGGUUGGAGGAAGAACCAUCCGAGGAGGAGCGGCCUGAGAGAGCCGCCCGAAAAAAGAGACUGCCUGAGAAGGCACCCUCCAAAAAGCGGUUACCUGAGAGGGAACGGUCUGAGGAAGAACCAUCUGAGGAGGAGCGGCCCGAGAGAGCCGCCCGAAAAAAGAGACUGCCUGAGGAGGCGCCCUCCAAAAAGCGGCUCCCUGAGAGGGAACGGUCCGAGGAAGAACCAUCCGAGGAGGAGCGGCCCGAGAGAGCCGCCCGAAAAAAGAGACUGCCUGAGGAGGCGCCCUCCAAAAAGCGGCUCCCUGAGAGGGAACGGUCCGAGGAAGAACCAUCCGAGGAGGAGCGGCCCGAGAGAGCCGCCCGAAAAAAGAGACUGCCUGAGGAGGCGCCCUCCAAAAAGCGGCUCCCUGAGAGGGAACGGUCCGAGGAAGAACCAUCCGAGGAGGAGCGGCCCGAGAGAGCCGCCCGAAAAAAGAGACUGCCUGAGAAGGCGCCCUCCAAAAAGCGGCUCCCUGAGAGGGAACGGUCCGAGGAAGAACCAUCCGAGGAGGAGCGGCCCGAGAGAGCCGCCCGAAAAAAGAGACUGCCUGAGGAGGCGCCCUCCAAAAAGCGGCUCCCUGAGAGGGAACGGUCCGAGGAAGAACCAUCCGAGGAGGAGCGGCCCGAGAGAGCCGCCCGAAAAAAGAGACUGCCUGAGGAGGCGCCCUCCAAAAAGCGGCUCCCUGAGAGGGAACGGUCCGAGGAAGAACCAUCCGAGGAGGAGCGGCCCGAGAGAGCCGCCCGAAAAAAGAGACUGCCUGAGAAGGCGCCCUCCAAAAAGCGGCUCCCUGAGAGGGAACGGUCCGAGGAAGAACCAUCCGAGGAGGAGCGGCCCGAGAGAGCCGCCCGAAAAAAGAGACUGCCUGAGAAGGCGCCCUCCAAAAAGCAGUUACCUGAGAGGGAACGGUCCGAGGAAGAACCAUCCGAGGAGGAGCGGCCCAAGAGAGCCGCCCGAAAAAAGAGACUGCCUGAGGAGGCGCCCUCCAAAAAGCGGUUACCUGAGAGGGAACGGUCCGAGGAAGAACCAUCCGAGGAGGAGCGGCCCGAGAGAGCCGCCCGAAAAAAGAGACUGCCUGAGGAAGCGCCCUCCAAAAAGCGGCUACCUGAGAGGGAACGGUCCGAGGAAGAACCAUCCGAGGAGGAGCGGCCCGAGAGAGCCGCCCGAAAAAAGAGACUGCCUGAGAAGGCGCCCUCCAAAAAGCAGUUACCUGAGAGGGAACGGUCCGAGGAAGAACCAUCCGAGGAGGAGCGGCCCAAGAGAGCCGCCCGAAAAAAGAGACUGCCUGAGGAGGCGCCCUCCAAAAAGCGGUUACCUGAGAGGGAACGGUCCGAGGAAGAACCAUCCGAGGAGGAGCGGCCCGAGAGAGCCGCCCGAAAAAAGAGACUGCCUGAGGAAGCGCCCUCCAAAAAGCGGCUACCUGAGAGGGAACGGUCCGAGGAAGAACCAUCCGAGGAGGAGCGGCCCGAGAGAGCCGCCCGAAAAAAGAGACUGCCUGAGAAGGCGCCCUCCAAAAAGCGGUUACCUGAGAGGGAACGGUCCGAGGAAGAACCAUCCGAAGAGGAGCGGCCCGAGAGAGCCGCCCGAAAAAAGAGACUGCCUGAGAAGGCGCCCUCCAAAAAGCGGCUACCUGAGAGGGAACGGUCCGAGGAAGAACCAUCCGAGGAGGAGCGGCCUGAGAGAGCCGCCCGAAAAAAGAGACUGCCUGAGGAGGUGCCCUCCAAAAAGCGGCUACCUGAGAGGGAACGGUCCGAGGAAGAACCAUCCGAGGAGGAGCGGCCCAAGAGAGCCGCCCGAAAAAAGAGACUGCCUGAGGAAGCUCCCUCCAAAAAGCGGCUACCUGAGAGGGAACGGUCCGAGGAAGAACCAUCCGAGGAGGAGCGGCCCGAGAGAGCCGCCCGAAAAAAGAGACUGCCUGAGAAGGCACCCUCCAAAAAGCUGCUACCUGAGAGGGAACCCUCCAAAAAGCGGUUACCUGAGAGAGGACCAUUUGAUGAAGAACCAUCCGAGGAGGAACAACCUGAGAGAGCCCCCCGAAAAAAGAGACUGCCUGAGAGGGAGCCCUCUAAAAAGCAGCUCCCUGAGAGGGAACCCUCCAAAGAGCUGUUACCUGAGAGGGGACCAUCCGAGGAAGAACCAUCCAAGGAGGAGCAGCCUGAGGAGGGGCUGCCUGAGAGAGUCCCCCCAAAAAAGAGAUUGCCUGAGAGGGAGCCCUCCAAAAAGCAGCUCCCUGAGAGGGAACCCUCCAAAGAACGGUUAUCUGAGAGGGGACCAUCUGAGGAAGAACCAUCAAAGGAGGAGCAGCCUGAGGAGGGGCUGCCUGAGAGAAUCCCCCCCAAAAAGAGAUUGCCUGAGAGGGAACCCUCCAAAAAGCGGUUACCUGAGAGGGGACCGUCUGAGGAGCUAGCUGAAGGGUCACCAUCUGAGGAAGAACUAUCUGAGGAGGAGCAGCCUGAGGAGAGGCUGCCUGAGAGAGCCCCCCAAAAAGAGAGACUGCCUGAGAAGGAGCCCUCCAAAAUGCGUCUCCCUGAAAGGGGACCGUCUGAGGAGCUGGCUGAAGGGUUACUAUCCAAGGAAGAACCAUCUGAGGAGGAGCAGCCUGAGGAGGAACUGCCUGAGAGAGUCCCCCCAAAAAAGCGGCUGCCUGAGAGGGAGCCCUCCAAAAAGUGGUUACCUGAGAGGGAGCCCUCCAAAAUGCGUCUCCCUGAAAGGGGGCCGUCUGAGGAGCUGGCUGAAGGGUCACCAUCCGAGGAAGAACCAUCUGAGGAGGAGCAGCCUGAGGAGGGGCUGCCUGAGAGAGUCCCCCCAAAAAUGCAGCUGCCUGAGAGGGAGCCCUCCAAAAUGCAGUUACCUGAGAGGGAGCCCUCCAAAAAGCGUCUCCCUGAAAGGGGACCGUCUGAGGAGCUGGCUGAAGGGUCACCAUCCGAGGAAGAACCAUCUGAGGAGGAGCAGCCUGAGGAGGGGCUGCCUGAGAGAGUCCCCCCAAAAAUGCGGCUGCCUGAGAGGGAGCCCUCCAAAAUGCGGUUACCUGAGAGGGAGCCCUCCAAAAAGCGGAUACCUGAGAAGGGACCGUCUGAGGAGCUGGCUGAAGGGUUACCAUCCAAGGAAGAACCAUCCAAGGAGGAGCAGCCUGAGGAGGGGCUGCCUGAGAGAGUCCCCCCAAAAAAGAGAUUGCCUGAGAGGGAGCCCUCCAAAAAGCAGCUCCCUGAGAGGGAACCCUCCAAAGAACGGUUAUCUGAGAGGGGACCAUCUGAGGAAGAACCAUCAAAGGAGGAGCAGCCUGAGGAGGGGCUGCCUGAGAGAAUCCCCCCCAAAAAGAGAUUGCCUGAGAGGGAACCCUCCAAAAAGCGGUUACCUGAGAGGGGACCGUCUGAGGAGCUAGCUGAAGGGUCACCAUCUGAGGAAGAACUAUCUGAGGAGGAGCAGCCUGAGGAGAGGCUGCCUGAGAGAGCCCCCCAAAAAGAGAGACUGCCUGAGAAGGAGCCCUCCAAAAUGCGUCUCCCUGAAAGGGGACCGUCUGAGGAGCUGGCUGAAGGGUUACUAUCCAAGGAAGAACCAUCUGAGGAGGAGCAGCCUGAGGAGGAACUGCCUGAGAGAGUCCCCCCAAAAAAGCGGCUGCCUGAGAGGGAGCCCUCCAAAAAGUGGUUACCUGAGAGGGAGCCCUCCAAAAUGCGUCUCCCUGAAAGGGGGCCGUCUGAGGAGCUGGCUGAAGGGUCACCAUCCGAGGAAGAACCAUCUGAGGAGGAGCAGCCUGAGGAGGGGCUGCCUGAGAGAGUCCCCCCAAAAAUGCAGCUGCCUGAGAGGGAGCCCUCCAAAAUGCAGUUACCUGAGAGGGAGCCCUCCAAAAAGCGUCUCCCUGAAAGGGGACCGUCUGAGGAGCUGGCUGAAGGGUCACCAUCCGAGGAAGAACCAUCUGAGGAGGAGCAGCCUGAGGAGGGGCUGCCUGAGAGAGUCCCCCCAAAAAUGCGGCUGCCUGAGAGGGAGCCCUCCAAAAUGCGGUUACCUGAGAGGGAGCCCUCCAAAAAGCGGAUACCUGAGAAGGGACCGUCUGAGGAGCUGGCUGAAGGGUUACCAUCCAAGGAAGAACCAUCUGAGAAGGAGCAGCCUGAGGAGGGGCUGCCUGAGAGAGUCCCCCCAAAAAAGUGGCUGCCUGAGAGGGAGCCCUCCAAAAUGCAGUUACCUGAGAGGGAACCCUCCAAAAUGCGGUUACCUGAGAGGGAGCCCUCCAAAAUGCGGUUACCUGAGAGGGAGCCCUCCAAAAAGCGUCUCCCUGAAAGGGGACCGUCUGAGGAGCUGGCUGAAGGGUUACCAUCCAAGGAAGAACCAUCUGAGAAGGAGCAGCCUGAGGAGGGGCUGCCUGAGAGAGUCCCCCCAAAAAAGCGGCUGCCUGAGAGGGAGCCCUCCAAAAUGCAGUUACCUGAGAGGGAGCCCUCCAAAAAGCGGUUACCUGAGAGGGAACCCUCCAAAAUGCGGUUACCUGAGAGGGAGCCCUCCAAAAUGCGGUUACCUGAGAGGGAGCCCUCCAAAAAGCGUCUCCCUGAAAGGGGACCGUCUGAGGAGCUGGCUGAAGGGUCACCAUCCGAGGAAGAACCAUCUGAGGAGGAGCAGCCUGAGGAGGGGCUGCCUGAGAGAGUCCCCCCAAAAAUGCGGCUGCCUGAGAGGGAGCCCUCCAAAAUGCAGUUACCUGAGAGGGAGCCCUCCAAAAAGCGGAUACCUGAGAAGGGACCGUCUGAGGAGCUGGCUGAAGGGUUACCAUCCAAGGAAGAACCAUCUGAGAAGGAGCAGCCUGAGGAGGGGCUGCCUGAGAGAGUCCCCCCAAAAAAGCGGCUGCCUGAGAGGGAGCCCUCCAAAAUGCAGUUACCUGAGAGGGAGCCCUCCAAAAAGCGGUUACCUGAGAGGGAGCCCUCCAAAAUGCAGUUACCUGAGAGGGAGCCCUCCAAAAUGCGGUUACCUGAGAGGGAGCCCUCCAAAAUGCGGUUACCUGAGAGGGAGCCCUCCAAAAAGCGUCUCCCUGAAAGGGGACCGUCUGAGGAGCUGGCUGAAGGGUCACCAUCCGAGGAAGAACCAUCUGAGGAGGAGCAGCCUGAGGAGGGGCUGCCUGAGAGAGUCCCCCCAAAAAUGCGGCUGCCUGAGAGGGAGCCCUCCAAAAUGCGGUUACCUGAGAGGGAGCCCUCCAAAAAGCGGAUACCUGAGAAGGGACCGUCUGAGGAGCUGGCUGAAGGGUUACCAUCCAAGGAAGAACCAUCUGAGAAGGAGCAGCCUGAGGAGGGGCUGCCUGAGAGAGUCCCCCCAAAAAAGCGGCUGCCUGAGAGGGAGCCCUCCAAAAUGCAGUUACCUGAGAGGGAGCCCUCCAAAAUGCGGUUACCUGAGAGGGAGCCCUCCAAAAUGCGGUUACCUGAGAGGGAGCCCUCCAAAAAGCGUCUCCCUGAAAGGGGACCGUCUGAGGAGCUGGCUGAAGGGUCACCAUCCGAGGAAGAACCAUCUGAGGAGGAGCAGCCUGAGGAGGGGAUGCCUGAGAGAGUCCCCCCAAAAAUGCGGCUGCCUGAGAGGGAGCCCUCCAAAAUGCGGUUACCUGAGAGGGAGCCCUCCAAAAAGCGGAUACCUGAGAAGGGACCGUCUGAGGAGCUGGCUGAAGGGUUACCAUCCAAGGAAGAACCAUCUGAGAAGGAGCAGCCUGAGGAGGGGCUGCCUGAGAGAGUCCCCCCAAAAAAGCGGCUGCCUGAGAGGGAGCCCUCCAAAAUGCAGUUACCUGAGAGGGAGCCCUCCAAAAUGCGGUUACCUGAGAGGGAGCCCUCCAAAAAGCGUCUCCCUGAAAGGGGACCGUCUGAGGAGCUGGCUGAAGGGUCACCAUCCGAGGAAGAACCAUCUGAGGAGGAGCAGCCUGAGGAGGGGCUGCCUGAGAGAGUCCCCCCAAAAAUGCGGCUGCCUGAGAGGGAGCCCUCCAAAAUGCGGUUACCUGAGAGGGAGCCCUCCAAAAAGCGGAUACCUGAGAAGGGACCGUCUGAGGAGCUGGCUGAAGGGUUACCAUCCAAGGAAGAACCAUCUGAGAAGGAGCAGCCUGAGGAGGGGCUGCCUGAGAGAGUCCCCCCAAAAAAGCGGCUGCCUGAGAGGGAGCCCUCCAAAAUGCAGUUACCUGAGAGGGGACUGUCUGAGGAGCUGGCUGAAGGCUCACCAUCUGAGGAGGAGCAGCCUGAGGAGGGGCUGCCUGAGAGAGCUCCCCAAAAAGAGAGACUGCCUGAGAGGGAGCCCUCCAAAAAGGGGUUACCUGAGAGGGGACUGUCUGAGAAAGAACCAUCCAAGGAGGAGCAGCCUGAGGAGGGCCUUCCUGAGAGAGUCUCCCGAAAAAAGAGACUGCCUGAGAGGGAACCUUCCAAAAUGUGGUUACCUGAGAGGCGACCAUCUGAGAAAGAACCAUCUGAGGAGAAGCAGCCUGAGAGAGCCCCCCGAAAAAAGAGACUGCCUGAUAGGGAGCCCUCCAAAAAGCAGCUGCCUGAGAGGGAGCCCUCCAAAAAGUGGCUUCCUGACAAGACACCCUCUAAAAAGCAGCUCCCUGAGACGGGACUAUCUGAAGAGCCGGUUGAAGGAUGGCCAUCCAAGGAAGAACUAUACGAGGAGGAGCAGCCUGAGGAGGGGCUGCCUGAGAGAGCCCCCCUCAAAAAAAGACUGCCUGAGAAGGCGCCCUCCAAAAUGCAGUUACCUGAGAGGGAGCCCUCCAAAAAGCAUCUCCCUGAAAGGGGACCAUCUGAGGAGCUGGCUGAAGGCUCACCAUCCGAGGAAGAACCAUCCGAGGAGGAGCGGCCUGAGAGAGCCCCCCGAGAAAAGGGACUGCCUGAGAAGACGCCCUCCAAAAAGCGGUUACCAGAGAGGGAACGGCCCGAGGAAGAACCAUCCGAGGAGGAGCGGCCUGAGAGAGCCCCCCGAGAAAAGGGACUGCCUGAGAAGACCCCCUCCAAAAAGUGGCUACCUGAAAGGGGACCAUCUGAGGAGCUGGCUGAAGGGUUGCCAUCCAAGGAAGAACCAUCCGAGGAGGAGCAGCCUGAAGAGGGCCUGCUUGAGAGAGCCCCCCGAAAAAAGAGACUACUUGAGAGGGAGCCGUCCAAAAAGCAGCUCCCUGAGAGGGAGCCCUCCAAAAAGCGGUUAACUGAGAGGGGACCGUCUGAAGAACCAUCUGAAGAGGAGCAGCCUGAGGGGGCACCCCUCAAAAAGUGGCUUCCUGACAAGACACCCUCUAAAAAGCAGCUCCCUGAGAUGGGACUAUCUGAAGAGCUGGUUGAAGGAUGGCCAUCCAAGGAAGAACUAUACGAGGAGGAGCAGCCUGAGGAGGGGCUGCCUGAGAGAGCCCCCCUCAAAAAAAGACUGCCUGAGAAGGCGCCCUCCAAAAAGCGGCUUCCUGAGAGGGAACCCUCCAAAAUGAGGCUGCCUGAGAGGGGACCAUUUGAAGAGCCAUUUGAGGAAGUACUAUAUGAAGAGGGGCCAUCUGAGGAGGGGCUGCCUGAGAGGGUGCCAUCUGAGGAACCAUCAGAGGAGUGGCCGCCCAAGGAAGAACCAUACAAGGAGGGUCUGCCUGAAAGAGAGGCCCCCCAAAAGUGGCUGCCUGAGAGGGGACCAUCCGAGGAGGUGUCUGAGGAAGUGCCAUACAAGGAGGGGCCACCUGAGGAGGGACCAUCUGAGAGAGGGCCCUCCCCAAAAUGGCUGCCUGAGUUGGGGCUGAUCGAGGAGUCAUCAGAGGGGUGGCCACCCGAGGAAGCACCAUGCGAGGAGGAGCUGCCUGAAAGAGGGGCUCCCAAAAAGCGGCUGCCUGAGAGGGUACCAUCCGAGGAGCCGUUUGAAGAACAACCACAUGAGAAGGGGCCACCUGAGGAAGGAAUAUAUGAAGAGGGCCCAUCUCAAGAGGGGCCACCUGAGAGGGGGACCCCCAAAAAGCAGCUGCCUGAGAAGGCACCCUCAAAAAUGCAGCUGCCUGAGAGGGGACCAUCCGAGGAGCCCUCUGAGGAAGUACUGUACAAAGAGGGCCCGUCUGAGGAGGGGCUACGGGAAAAGCUCAGGCCUGAAAGGAGGCCAUCUGAGGAGGGGCCACCCGAGAGGAGGCUGUCUGAGGAAGGGCUGCCAGAGAGGAGGCCAUCCGAGGAGGGGCCGCCAGAGAGGAGGCCGUCCGAGGAGGAGCCGCCAGAGAGGAGGCCGUCUGAGGAGGGGCCGCCUGAGAAGAGGCCCUCCGAGGAGGGGCCGCCCGAGAGGAGGCCAUCCAAGAGGAGGCCGUCCAAGAAGCAGCUGCCUGAGAAGAGGCCCUCCGAGGAGGGGCCGCCCGAGAGGAGGCCGUCCGAGAGGAGGCCAUCCAAGAAGCGGCUGCCUGAGAAGAGGCCCUCUGAGGAGGGGCCGCCCGAGAGGAGGCCAUCCGAGGAGGGGCCGCCCGAGAGGAGGCUGUCCGAGAGGAGGCCGUCCGAGAGGAGGCCGUCCGAGAGGAGACCAUCCGAGAGGAGACCGUCCGAGAGGAGACCGUCCAAGAAGCGGCUGCCUGAGAAAAGGCCCUCCGAGGAGGGGCUGCCCGAGAGGAGGCCGUCCGAGGAGGGGCCACCCGAGAGGAGGCCAUCUGAGAGGAGACCGUCCGAGAGGAGGCCGUCCGAGAGGAGGCCGUCCGAGAGGAGACCGUCCGAGAGGAGACCGUCCAAGAAGCGGCUGCCUGAGAAAAGGCCCUCCGAGGAGGGGCCGCCCGAGAGGAGGCCGUCCGAGGAGGGGCCGCCCGAGAGGAGGCCGUCCGAGGAGGGGCCGCCCGAGAGGAGGCCGUCUGAGAGGAGACCGUCCAAGAAGCGGCUGUCUGAGAAAAGGCCCUCCGAGGAGGGGCCGCCCGAGAGGAGGCCGUCCGAGGAGGGGCCGCCCGAGAGGAGGCCAUCUGAGAGGAGACCGUCCAAGAAGCGGCUGUCUGAGAAAAGGCCCUCUGAGGAGGGGCCGCCCGAGAGGAGGCCAUCUGAGAGGAGGCCGUCUGAGAAGCAGCUGCCUGAGAGAAGGCUGCCCGAGAAGGAGCCAUCUGAGAAGCAGCGGGCUGAGAGGAGGCCUUCUGAGACGCUGAGGACUAAAAGGAGGUCCUCCGAGAAGUGGCUGGCUAAAAGGAAGACGUCCAAGGGGUGGACAUCCAAGGAGGGGCCAUCUGAGGAGGGUUCGUCUGAAGAGGAACCCUCCGAGAAGCGGCUGGUUGAGAGGAGGUUGUCGGUGAAGCCGCGGCCUGAGAAGGGACGAUCCGAGAAGCGGCCACCUCGGAGGGGGCCGUCGGAGAGGAGGCCGCUGGAGGAAAGACCGUAUGAAGAGGGAUUGCCUGAGGAACGGCCUUAUGAAGAAGGACCAGCCGAGAAAAUGCCGGCCGAGAGGGAGCCAUCCGAGGGGUGGCCCUCCAAGGAGGGGCCAUACGAAGAGGAGCCAUAUGAAGAAGUACCCUCGGAGAAGCGGCCGGCCGAGGAGGAGCCUUCGGAGGAGGGGCCAUACGAAGAGGAGCUGUUGGAAGAGGGGCCAUUCGAAGAGAGGCGGCACGAGGAGAGGCCAUUCGAGGAGGGGCCGUACGAAGAGGGACCUUCCGAGAAGGGGCUGGCUGAGAGGGGGCCUUUGGAGGAGGGGCUGUAUGAAGAGGAGCCGUCUGGGAAGGGGCGGUAUGAAGAAGGGCAGUCUCAGGAGGGGCCGUACGAAGAAGAAUUUUUCGAAGAGGGGAGGCCGCCCGAGGAGGGGCCCUCCGAAGAGGGACUGUCCGAGGAGGAGCUGUAUGAGGAGGAUCAGGACUCUGAGCUGUUUGUUGAGGGACUGCUCCUGAAACAAAUGGGGAUGCUAUCAGAGAAAGAGCUAGAUGUGCUGCGGACGAAGGGAAUGCUGGCACUCCAGCACAUCCCGCUGUCUAAGCGGGAAAGGCGAAAAAUGAUUAAACUGAUGCAAGAGGAGAUUAAGCUCCCCACCGAAGAGAUGAAGCUGCUGGCAGAAGAGAAGCUGCUGGCUGAGGAAAGGGAGGUUUUACUCAAAGAGGAGAAGGCGCUAAUCCAGAAGAAGCGUUUGUUGUUGGAGGAGGAGAGGGAGCUGGAUCAGGAAGAGUCCAUGGGGGAAGGCAAAGUUCCUUCCCCAGAAGAGAGGAGGAGGCGGCUCAAGAAAAAGACUAAGAAACUAGAUAUGGAUGAGAACGAAACCAAUUUUGAGAAAAAAGAGCUCGCCAUGGAGAAGGACUUGCUGAAGGAAAGGAAGAAGAAGAUUGUCCGGGAGAGGAAGAGAAUAAGCAGAGCAAAGAGGCAGCUCCUCAAGACUGGCGACGUGGGACCUUCUUCUUCUGAAGAGCUGAGCGAAUCCUCCGAGGAGGCCGGGGAGCAGUCCUCCUCGGAAGAAAGCGAAUUGAGUAAGGGGGAAGGGAGGGGUGAGGAGUCAGAGAAAGAGGAGCCGAAAGAGGGAAGGAGAGACGAGGAGGAUGAGCUGGACAGGGUCCGGAGGAGACAGCUCCAGGAGGACAGACAGAAGCUCUGGGACAAGAGGAAGCUGUCCAGAAUUCUGAGGACGGUACUGCAAGCUGACUGGGAUAAGUCUGAUGAGGAAAAGGAUGUGAUGAGAGCGAGACUCCGAGAAAAGAGGAAGCAGCUCCGGGAGGAGAGGCAGGAGCUUCAGGAACAGAGGAAGGCAUCCUGGACGCCGACAGAUAUGCUGCAAGUUCAGGAUGUGGCCAGAUCUGACGAGGAUAGGUUCGCCAUCAGACGAAAGCUCCGGGAACGGAGGAGGAAUCUCCGAAAAGAAAGAGAUCUGAUGGAAGAGGAGAAAAACCUGUUAGAAGAAGAGGCAAUCCUGGAAGAUGAGGGGCCCGAGAGUCCACUUGAGCAUGAGCUCCUGGAGAAGACACGAGAGAUCCUGAGAGAGAAGGGUCUGCUUGAGGAAGGGGAAGUGCUGUCUAAGGAGGAGAGGAGGCUGGCAGGCCUGAAAGAUGAGGGGCCCGAGAGUCCACUUGAGCAUGAGCUCCUGGAGAAGACACGAGAGGUCCUGAGAGAGAAGGGUCUGCUUGAGGAAGGGGAAGUGCUGUCUAAGGAGGAGAGGAGGCUGGCAGGCCUGAAAGAUGAGGGGCCCGAGAGUCCACUUGAGCAUGAGCUCCUGGAGAAGACACGAGAGGUCCUGAGAGAGAAGGGUCUGCUUGAGGAAGGGGAAGUGCUGUCUAAGGAGGAGAGGAGGCUGGCAGGCCUGAAAGAUGAGAAGCUAAAGGGGAUUCCUAAAGAGCAGCUCUUGGAGGAGUUAAGAGAGGCCCUGAGAGAGAAGGGUCUGCUUAAGGAAGGGGAAGUGCUGCCCAUGGCAGCGAGGAAGCUGGUAAGACUGAAAAAAAAGAAGCUGGAGAAGAUUCCUGAAGAGACGCUCCCAGAGAUGAGAAGAGAGACCCUGAGAGAGAAGGGUCUGCUUGAAGAAGGGGAAAUGAUGGCCAAGGAAGAGAGGAGUCUGGCCAAGGAUGAGAGGAACCAGAUUCGUUUGGAGAAGCAGAUCUACUCCAAUGAGAAGAGACUCGCCAAUAAAGCAAGGGAGUUGGCCAUGGCGGAGGCAGCCAAGCUCCAGGAAGAGACUGGAGAUAAGAUGGCCAAAAAGGAGAUAAAGGAGUCUCCGGUGCUGAAGAAUUGGUUGGAUUGGCUUCAGUUGAAGCUUCAGAAACUUAGGAAUCAAGAAAGGCAGAAGAAAAAGCAGAAGGCCAGGGACCACCUGCAACACCUCUUGGAGAUGGAGUUAGAGGAAGAAGAGGAGGAAGGGGAGGAAGGGGAAGAGGAGGAAAAAGAGCUGGAGGAAGAGGAGGAAAAAGAAGAGGAAGAGAAAGGGGAGGAGGAGGAGAAGGAAGAGGAGAAGGAGGAGGAAAAGGAGAAAGAGGAGCAGAAACAGAGGGAGGAGGAGAAGAAGGAGAAGAAGAAGAAGAAGAAGAAGAAGAAGAAGAAAAAGAAGGAGGAGGAGGAGGAGAAGAAGAAGGAAGAAGCAAAGAAAGACAUAAUCAGUAUCAUUGAAAUGGCUAUGAAAGAGAGACCCUUCAUCUCAAAGGAAGACAUUUUGGAGAGAGCUAAAGGGGAGACAGUUGAGGAGGGUGUCGAGAAAGACUUGGGGCUGGAAGCUAGGCCCUCAGCUUCCAUGGAGAGGAAAGCAUCAGAAGCAAAGUUCGAAAAGAUCUUAAAGGAACUUGAAGUCUUAACUCCAUGGAAAGCCUUACAAGAGGACACUUCUUGGGAAGAGAUCGAGAAGAAACUCUUCUUAUCCAGAAUCAAACCUAAGCUUCUGAUUCCUAGGGAGAAAGAGCUUCUGGAAGAUCAAGCCAAAGACCAAGAAGAAGAAAAAGAGCCCCCAAAAGAGCCCCAGCUGAAGAUGCCGAAACUCAGAAAGGUGAAAGUCCCCAGUGAUGUAUCCAAGAAGAAGAAGAUGAUUAAGGAGAAAAUAAUGGAGGACAAGUGGAAGUGGUUUCUACUGCUGAAACAGAUCAUGCUAGGAGGACCUGUGGUGGGACUGACUGAUCUAGAUCUCGAAGUCCUUAAACUCAACCCCGAGGACCGGGACUGGUUGAACACCACUCUGGGUAUGCUUCAGGACCAGGAACAGCUCACCAAGGAAAACUCCGACCAACUGUGCCAGUUGCUGUCCGGGGUUCUGUCCAAGGACCAGAAGGAAUGGUUGCACUGGGCGGGACUGCAGACUAUCAGUUUGCCCCAGAGGGGGCUGGCUGACACGGAGCUCCAACUUUCCGAGGAUGAGAGGAAAAAAAUCACCUUAAGUUCAGGACGUUUGAAGGUCAUCCCUCCCAUCAAGAAAGAGGUGGCCAAGCUCUCAGUCAUCCCGGAGGCACCCAUGGCCAUCCCAGCCACGGUUCCAGCCACCCCUCUGCCUACCAGAGUCUCCAUCACCGCCCCUUCCUCCAUUAUGGAAGAGCCAUUGCCUCUGGACUCCAAGGACUGGAAAAGGCAACUUUCUAUUCUGUUGAAGGACAAGGAGGCUAUCACUCAGACAGCCUUGAGAGAUAUACCCCAGAGUGCUUCUCCUUAUGUGGAAAAGUUACCUUUGAUCUGGCGACUGAAAAAGGAUCUCCAGACCUGGAAAAGCAAGACCACUCCCCGGCAGGGAAAGCGAGUCAAGAAAGCUGCUGCUAGCCGUCCAGAGGAUGUGCUUCCUUGGGAGACCUUUGUUGCUCUGUACCACGUCCUCAAGACCCUGCAGGAGCGCUAUGCGGAAGACAACUCCUACUGGAUGUCCCAGUUCGACCAAAUCCUGGAUUUGUACCAUCUCAGGAACACUGAAGUCCACACGCUGUUAAAUGAACUACUGCAGAAAAAGGAACGCCUGCCAUUGGAUAUACUGGACAAGCAGGCCCUGAAGAGUGAAGAAGGGGUGCCUGGGGAGCGCCUCAUCUACCAUAUGAAUUAUAAUCCUAAAAGAACCCCAACCUACCAAUCCAAAUUCCAGACUGUGAUGCCCAUGCCUGGGCAGAACCAGGUACACACAAUUAUACCAACAGGCAGUACCUCUUUUGGGAACAUGGACUUUGUCUGGAAAAGCACAGUCUCUGGCCGACCCGGAGCGCUGCCUCAAAUCUCCAACACCGCCCUCAAACGCUGACUCAGGCUCUGGUGUACCAGCACUGGAGGUCCGCCCCCAUAUACAAUUUGCACCCCACAGACACCCGCACCAAGCUUUACACUGCUGCCUGAGGAGAAGUGUGAGCUGGUGCUGUCUUUCCCUUGUUUGUCUCCUCUCGCCUCCCAGUUCCAGUCUGGGACAUAAUCUCUCUCACCCCAAGUAAAGCACUGUUUCUUACUUUGAAUAAAAACAGU